GUAACAUAAGUUUAUUUGGGGGCCUCAUAAGAUGGAUUCCAAAGGAAAUAUCUCUGGAGUUCUGAUUGCGGGUGGUGAAAAUGGAAAUAUUAUUCUUUAUGAUCCUUCUAAAAUUAUAGCUGGAGAGAAGGAAGUUGUGAUUGCACAAAAUGACAAGCAUACUGGCCCAGUGAGAGCCUUGGAUGUGAACAUUUUUCAGACUAAUCUGGUGGCCUCUGGUGCUAAUGAGUCUGAAAUUUACAUUUGGGAUCUAAACAACUUUGCAACUCCAAUGACACCAGGAGCCAAAACACAGCCCCCAGAAGAUAUCAGCUGCAUUGCAUGGAACAGACAAGUCCAGCACAUUUUAGCAUCAGCCAGUCCCAGUGGCCAGGCCACUGUAUGGGAUCUUAGAAAAAAAUGAACCUAUCAUCAAAGU